AUGUUUGGUCGUAUUUCUGCGUACAAAUGUGUUCUCGCAUCUAUUUUAGGUAUUAUGCGACGAUUUCUUGUAUGGCCAUCAAAAUUAAUUUGGCCGGGUAAUUUACCGUAUAUAGCACUGUUUCGAACACUGCAUGAGAAAGAUGCAGUUGAUCAUAUGGUAUUACCGUCCCGAUGGUCGAUUAGUCGGCUACAAUUUUUUAUUAUUAUUUGUUUCAUAGAGACCAUCUAUCACUGGUUACCGGGAUAUAUAAUGCCUAUUUUAACAGCCUUUUCAUGGAUGUGCUUGAUAAACCCUAAGAAUAUCAUCUUAUCUCAAUUGACGGGUCACUAUGGUCUUGGUAUGGGCUCAUUUCAGUUUGAUUGGAAAUUAUUGACGUCAUACCUUGGAUCACCGAUAAUUACACCACGUUGGGCACAAGCAAAUAUACUCAUAGGUUUUGUUUUGUUUAGUUGGAUAAUUAUUCCUAUUUUCUACUAUACGAAUCUCUGGAAUUCGAAAACACUUCCAAUUGCUACCUUCGAUACUGUAUUAGUAGAUACGGGAAAUAACUUCGUGCUUCAUGCAAGUACAGGUACGAUUCUAUUCUAUGGUAUGUAUUUUGCGUCACUAUCGUCGAUUCUUAUUCAUACUGUCUUAUAUCAUGGACGAGACAUCAUUAAGCAAUUUCGUACAUCCCUAUAUCGUAGAGACAAUGAUAUACAUUGUAAAUUAAUGUCAAAAUAUCCGGAAGUUCCUGAAUGGUGGUAUGGAAGUGUUUUUAUUCUCAGUUUUACUUGUGCGUGUAUUGUGAUGCAUUUGGGACAUUUUAUGAAAUGGUAUUUUGUAUGUGCGGGUGUUGGAGUAGCAUUGGUAUAUAUUUUACCCACAGGUAUUCUAGCAGCAAAGACUAAUCAGAUAUUAAAUAUAAAAGCAAUCGGCUACAUUAUUGGUGCUGUGGCUAUAAGUGACAAUCCCAUUGGGUUUCUUACAUUUAAAACUUUUGUCAUACAGACACAAAUACAAGCAUUGACACUUAUUUUGUAUUUAAAACUGAGUCAUUUUAUGAAAAUACCACCAAGAGCACUUUUUUCCACAGUUGUUAUUGGUACAAGUGUGUCAGUUUUAACAAGCUAUGCAAUGGCAGAUUAUUUCUUAAACAAUAUCAAGGAUAUCUGUGUGAAUAACGUGAACUGGACUUGCCCACAUACAACCCAUUCAUGGGUCUCAGUUGAUUCACUUUGGGGAGAAAACAUUUUAUCGAGUCAAACUGCAUUCAUACCGCCUACCGGUAUUUACUCGAGCAUGUUAUGGUUUUUCUUGAUUGGUGCAUUACUUCCAAUCCCAUUUUGGCUAUUAAACGAAAAAUAUUGGCACAGAAUAAAAUGGUUAAAACAUGUUCAUUUUCCUCUAAUAUUUUUCGUUGGUAGUUUAAUACCAACAAUGGCUGCCGGAACGGUUCCAACGUGGCUAUUCAUUGGAUUUUUCUUUUCCACAGUUAUUCACAAAUGGUGGUGGAAUCGAUAUGGAUUGUUGUUUUCAUCGGGCAUGGAUAUCGGUGUUGCCAUUGCAACAAUUAUUAUUUACUUCUCAUUUAUAAACCGAAAUAUUUCGUUUUCUGAAUGGUGGGGUAUCGGUGGCCCACACAACGAUGGGUGCCCCUUAUCUCAGUCGCCACUAGUACCAUCAUACUAG